GACAAACGGAAUAUGCGGUUCGAUUAUAGAGGCAUAAUGUUAUAUAAAGAGGCAGGUUGUUUGGAAAUUGGAAUAUCCUAAGCACAAAACCAUAAACACAUCCAUCAAAUUCAAAAGGAAAAAGGGAAGUUUCGGAAGCGGAGAGGAAUAUUCCGAGGGAAGAUCCGAUCUCGAGUAAUUCCUCUCAUCCAUUGCUGAUUCUUUCAGCAUUGAUUAAAUACGCUUCCCAAACCCCUUUCUUCCUCGUAGUAUCCUAACCUCCUUCUCCCUUCUCUCUUCAACACUUUAAUUUCAUCUUCUUACAAUGGCAACCAAGGCCGUUUAUAUCUCCGACGUACCAAAUCUCGAUCAAGUUCCGGAAACUGCAGCCUCAUUCUCUCUAUACGCCACGCGCCUCCCUAUCUCUGUCGAUGUGAGCAAAAGUGUCGAUAAUUCGCCUAAAUUUACGGUGAUCGGCCACAGAGGUCACGGCAUGAAUAUAUUGCACUCGACCGAUCGGAGAAUGAAGGCCUUUAAGGAGAACUCUAUUCUUUCCUUCAACAACGCUGCCAACCACCCUAUCGAUUACAUUGAGUUUGACGUUCAGGUAACAAAAGAUGACGUAGCCAUCAUUUUCCACGACGACUUCAUCCUCUCUCAAGAACAUGGUUCAGUGGUUGAAAAGAGAGUGACCGAUUUAACAAUGAAGGAAUUCUUUGCAUACGGCCCCCAACGGGAAGUCAGCAUGGAAGGAAAAGCCUUGGCUAGGAAAGUAAAUGGCACCGUUGUAGGGUGGCAGGUUGAAUCUGAUGAUCAUUCGUGUACUUUACAAGAAGCAUUCGAAAAAGUAAACACUAGACUUGGAUUUAACAUAGAGUUGAAGUUUGAUGAUCAUCGUGUCUAUGAACAAGAUCAUCUCAUCCAUGCUCUUCAAGUCGUAUUAAAGGUUGUUUCCGAGCAUGCUAACGAUAGGCCCAUAAUAUUUUCAAGCUUCCAACCGGAUGCUGCUUUACUUAUGAAGAAACUUCAACAAACAUACCCCGUUUACUUUUUGACAAACGGAGGAACCGAGGUUUAUGAAGAUGUGCGAAGGAAUUCAUUAGAUGAAGCAAGGAAGUUGGCAGUUGAGGGUGGAUUGGAUGGAAUAGUUUCAGAAGUUAAGGGUAUUUUCGGAAAUCCGUCGGCAGCACGAGAGAUCAAAGAGGCAAAUCUCGGCCUUCUCACAUAUGGCAAAUUGAAUAAUAUCCCAGAAACAGUACACGUUCAACAGCUAAUGGGUGUGGAUGGAGUAAUUGUGGAUCUGGUUGAAGAAAUAGCGAGGGCAGUUGAGGAAACGAAGAAGACAAAAGGUUAUGGAAAUGGUGAAGUUAAAAGUGAAGAAACAGAGAAGGGUUUAAUCGAGUUGUCGUUUCUGUUAAACUUGAUUUCAAAGGGUUGA